GACCUCAAUUAAGCCUGUCGGCGCACGUUCAUACGCGCUUAUACAAAUGGCUACAGCUACAAGCGACAAAAUACCAACAGCAAGUGUGCAACCCCAACCUAUUCCCGUGGUUACUGGUAACAGAAAAACCAACGGCAAAGUUAAGACAACAAGUAUUACUGUUCAGGAGAACAAAGUAGAACCGAACGAUGAAAAAGUCCAAGAGAUCAAAGUAAAAGUGCCCAAUGUAGCGGUUACGAAAAACAAGUGGACGGAAGGUACAGAAAGCGAAGAGCCUAGAGCUUCUGUAACCGGAGGCAAGGCUUUAACAGUAGUUAUCAUUGUCCUGAAGUUCAUUGUGUUGGGCCAGCUUAUCGCAGCCGUUGGUCUCCAGAUUCAGAGCCUGUUUAACUCCACCUGGGGAUACGAUGACUACUUGGACUUCGGCUACGAGGGGAGAAUUUACCACACUCUCUGGGGGUUCUAUGAAGACGGUGAUCCCGUCUUGUUUAGUCAGCAUAAGGAAGGCAACUGGCAGGACUGGAAGAAGCCGAUAAUAAAGUUCCAAUGCAUCGCCUUAGCUCUUGGCAUAGCUGGAACCCUGAUUCAGGUCAUUCUGGUGGCCUUGACCUUCGUCCAUCCCCACAAGGCCGUGAAGAUCGCUCUACUUAUUGCUGUUAUACUGCUCUCCGGUGGAUGUGGAGGAUUAGUGGUAAAAACGACAAUGAACUUUAAAGGGAGCAGACCAGUCCUUGGAUUUGCCAUUAGUGCUGUAUCAUCUACCACGUUACUCCAGACGUUCACUCACGAAGGGUAUACCCAGGCGUUCGUCAGUGGAGCCACCUACCUUGCCGCGGCGCUAUUUUCAGUUAUUCUGAUUGUUUUAACAGCUGUAAAGCACACACGGGAACCGACAAAAGUCACGCCAAUAAAAUCAACACAGGAUGAGUAACCAAAUCCACUACGUCAGACCCUAAUACAGUUACGUCGUGUGUACUACGUCAUUAGUUACCAAUUAACAACAAUUCACACCGCUUUACACGCAUGCUUACAUAUGCACAUCCUCGAUAUCCAGGGGUUACGCUCUCUUUCGCUCUCUACACCCUUAGAAUAUGUCAUAGCAAAA